AAUUGUAAGUUUUCUUUGAGGAAAACAUCAUACCACGCGUAAAUGUCAUUUUUCCGUGGUUUUUCCGUCUAUCCAGUUUAUGUUUGGUGUAUUGUCGGAGUUAAAUGUCUCUUUACUUCCGCGAUUUAUUAAAUAUUCACCCAUUGUCUCGCUGUUGAGUGUAUUUGAGUUUUGUGCUGUGAUAAAAAAGAGUCAAUGGACUGUGUUAUGUGAUUGAGUGGGCGUUAAAGGAGGUGGAAUCCGAAAAGGAAGAUAGAAAGAGGAAAAAAUCCAAUGUCAAUUUUACAUAACAACACUUGAGAGCUUUUCAUUUCUGCCCACAAGCAAAGAAGAGCAAUUUGUUUUCCGUACGAAGACGCUGCUAGAGCCACAAAGUCCGGAGACUAUGAGUCUUUGAAUUCCAUCCGCCAGACAACUCUCCAGUCGCUUGUCCACCUUGGGAGACACCCAAAUGACAGCUGAAUCUGCAUCUCGUAGGCCUAGCAAGGAAGAUGGUUCCGAGGGCGGAGGCCCCAAAAGUGACGAAGGGGGCCCCCAAGCGGCCUCCAAGAGGAUGCUGGGAAAAUUGAUGCACAGCAAAAGCGAUGAAAAUGAAAUUCAGGUUCUGGAGAGACUCGAUCAUGGAAUUAAUGAAACCGCCCAAGAUAAUAAACAGGCCGCAUCUGCCGUAGGAUGGGUCUGUUGCGCACCCUGCAUUUGGCUUCGCACUUCAACCACCGUACACAAAAUUGCCCUAACGGCCGCCACCCUCCUCGUGACCUCUCUGCUCGUCGUCUCGCCCAUUCUCUUCCUCAUCAGCACAGCCCCAUCUCAGGCGCCAAGGGACUGCCUCACCCACAAAAUUGAGGAUUGCUUCGCGACGCCGCAGCCGCCGCCUGAGUGUACCGAUGAGGAUUGCAGAGUGGCGGCAAUGACCAUCUACGCCCGAAUGAAUGGGAAGCUCGAUCCAUGCAAAGACUUUAAAUCCUACAGUUGCAGUCCCAUCAUCAACAACAGCAUGUCCGUGGUCAAGAGUUCACAAGAGGGCGUUGACCUUCAGAUGCAAAAUCUACUGGAGACCAACACGAGUUCGGGUGUUUUUCGCAAAUUAGGGCGUUUGUACGAAAGUUGCCUCCGUCAGAGCCUCAAUUCCUCGAGCAUUCGCCUCCUGCUGGAGAGUCUCGGUGGAUACCUGCCAAAUGGUAGUUUGGGGCCAUCCAGCAUUGCGCCACUCAUGUCAAAAAUUGCCGCCCUCGGCCCCACACCGCUUAUUGGCAUCUACUUUGAUUUGAGUUACGGCCGUAAGCCACAAAUUAUGUUAAUUAUUGAUGGACCAACGACGUCAGCACCGGUUUUGGAGAAUACAAUACGAUGGAUGGGACCAAAAGCACCGCCUUACAAAAUUCGAAACGAUGUACCGGAACUCCUGGACGAUCUCAUGAAUGUCUUUCUGCCGUCCAGUCUGAGUAAGGAGCAACGACAAUCUGAGAUGGAUUUGAUUCGUAACUUUGUGUCUGAAUUGAAUAGGCUUCGACAGCAUCAUCUUGAUCGGGACUUUUCAAACAGUUACGUAGUUUACAAUGUUACAACACUGUCAACGACUUAUUCAUACCUAAAGUGGAACGAUGUAAUUCCACAAAAUUGGUCAGGACCUAUUGUGGUCCGUAGUUUGGACUACUUCAAUCGCCUCCAUACACUUCUGACUUCCUCAGCCCAUCAGACCCGAGUUAUACACAACUCCCUGCUCCUUCUCUUUGCACUUGGUGCGCUUCCGCCCGCCCACCCAUCACCUAUGGUGUGUACAAAAGCCACAAUGUGGGCUCUGCCCCAAGCUUCAUCGGCAUUGUACAUGACCCAGCAUUCAAUGGACACCGUCCGACAGUCAAUUAAUCGAGUGGAAAUGCUCUUUGAGACACUAAAAGCCCACCUUAAGAGAGCACCUUCCCUCAGAGGAGCAGCUCUAGUCAAACUGUCAUCAUUGAAGAUUCAAGCCAAUCCCUGGCCCAUGUGGUACAAUCACACACGAAUGGCUCAGAUGCUGGAAAAGGUGGAAGUCAGCUCGGACAACUGGUUUGAGAACAUCCUUAAACUCUAUAAGCUUCAACUGCAACAACUUCCCAAUUUCAACAUGACCAUGGAUUCGCAUGUUGCUUGGGCGUAUCCUAUACUUGCUCAGUCAUUCUACGAUACACUAAGUCACUCAAUUGUUGUACCAUUGUCUGUGGUGCUGGUGCCAUACUUCAAACCAAAACUACCACCGUAUCUGCACUAUGCGUCGGUGGGUGUUCAAAUAGCAAAAGAGAUUCUGCGCUCGAUUACACGAGCAUUCGAGGAUAAAGCCCUAAAAUGUGUCCCGGGCAGUGUGAAUAUAUUUUCCAAUUCGAGCCGCAUGGACAUCCUUAUACAUUCGGGCGGCAUGCAAAUAGCCUAUCAUUCCCUCCUGUCACUCACAGGCCCCAUUAAGGGUAUGGAGCGCCUGGGUGGUCUGAAUUUAUCCCCAACGCAAAUUUUCUAUCUCGUCUCCGCCCAGGAAUUGUGUGCUGAUUCUCUCUACACUGGCAUCGACACGGACUCGGACGAUUUUACGGAUAUACUAGGAUGGCUCAUAGCUCAGGGUGGCAGUGCCAAUGAAGUAUUCCAUUGUCCACAUGGUAGUGUCAUCAACACCAAGAAAACCUGCAACAUUCUGUGAAUUUUCCGCAGAGAGAGAAAAAGGCUAUCAUUCAGCCAAAUCUGUGAGAUCUCAUUCGUAAAUUGCAUAAUAUCGUGAUAAACUGGGAGGAAGAGCUAUAAAACCUCUCUUGAAUUUACUUAGGAUGGAUAUUCAUUAGAUAUUAAAAAAGUGUUUGUUGAGUAUCCUUCCAUAAAUUAACCAUAAAAAAGCUCCACAAAGUAGAAAAAAUGCCGCCGAGGACUUCAAGUAACACCAAAGUUUUUCGCAAAAAAAAAAAAACAAACCGAAACCCAACAUUAAGAGAACAUACUCUGAGAGAAAUAACACUUAGACAUGAGAUGGAAGUAGACUUUAGAGUGCUUUUAAGAACUCUCACGUAGGAAAAAAAUACAGAAAAUAAA